UUCCGCCGUUGUCACAGUUCCGUCUGCUCGGCUUGUCUGGUGUGCAAAGCGCUGUAUAAAUUAGAGGACGAUUUCACCCUUACUAUCAGUCCCCGGCCAGAAAUAAGCCUCCUUCCGCCGCCUCGUGAAAGCGGGAACCACAGCAGGCGAUAAGGAGGCAACCGACAGCUACUGCAGCGCGUAGCCUCCUUGCGGGCGUCAUUUUUGCAAGCGCUCCCCCAGCCUUGGCACCCCCGGCCAGUGGAUCUUCCAUGGGGCAACAACUGACGUUUCGGGAGCAGGCAGCAGUUCCGGACGUCGCGCGAGUGGUUGAGGGAGGGACGGAGCCCCUCAAAGCGGAGGGACGCGCGCUUCAGGCUACCCUUUUUAUGCGGAUUGAGGAAGGAGGCGGCAAGCGGGGCUGUGAGGAAACCGCAAUGUGAAAACGCCAGAGAGGAGCCCGUCUUCGCGCUCGCCCUCCCCUCAACCCGAGGCUGAUCCGGUAUAGUUGCUGCUUGCGGGUUGACGGGGGCUGAGGCUUCGCCUCGCAAGCGAAGAGAAGGAAGAGGCGGCGGCGGGCAGCUGGCGGGAGUGGCGGCCCCAGUCGGCGGUCGGGUCUUCGCCCUUCAGGACGGAGGAUGGGAGACAAAAGGCGAGCUGUUAGCUCUCCCGAACUGAGGAGCAACCGGCUGACCGGUCGGGAAUGAGGGGAAACAAAGGAUCGGCCUUGCAAAGGCUAUGCAGAGGAAGGACUGUGUAUUGACAGGCGGACUUCCUUUGAUUUGAAUGAAACAUGUUUUGUCCAUCUGAGAUGCCUUAGAUGAUGCCCAGUAAUACUGCAAUGGCAAUUGGGGCUCUUUCUAGUUCCCUCCUUGUGACAUGCUGCCUGAUGGUUGCUCUGUGUAAUUCUACUAUACCACUGCAAAAACUAUCCAAGGCUCAAGACAAGCAGGAGUUAAAACCAAGUGAGGAAAAAAAAGAUCAAUCAUCAGCCCGGGAGAGACAGAAUCAAACUGGACCAGGACCAGGGAAAAUGAAUGAAAUGACUAGGAAUGGAAGGGAAGAUGGCAUCAGGGACUGGAAAAACAAAGGCAACAGAAAUUAUUCUAAUAAAGAAUCUUGGACAAAGCAAAAACAAGCUUUGAAUAUUCAGGCAACAAGUAAUAAGUUUGGGAACCUCCAAGCUCAUAAUCAAAUCAAAGGUAUUCAAGAGGAACUUCCAGCUGCUGAAGAUUUCUCCCUCUUAGAUAUUAUUGCUGGUACCACAUCUGAACCUCCAGAGGAAUAUGCUUAUCCAGACUACCGUGGAAAAGGCUGUGUGGAUGAGAGUGGCUUUGUUUAUGCAAUUGGGGAGAAGUUUACUCCAGGACCCUCUGCAUGCCCUUGUCUUUGUACUGAAGAGGGCCCACUGUGCAUUCAGCCAGAGUGUCCUAGACUCCACCCUCGCUGUAUUCAUGUUGACACUACCCAGUGCUGUCCACAGUGCAAAGAACGGAAAAAUUAUUGUGAUUUCCGUGGGAAAAUCUACCAGACUCUGGAAGAAUUCAUGGUUUCACCUUGUGAGAAGUGUCGCUGCGAAGCCAAUGGUGAAGUAGUGUGCACUGUGUCUGCUUGUCCCCAAACUGAUUGUGUGGACCCUGUAUAUGAACCAGAUCAGUGCUGCCCCAUCUGCAAAAAUGGCCCCAACUGCUUUGCUGAGACCAUGGUUAUUCCAGCAGGUCGAGAAGUGAAGACAGAUGAAUGUACUAUAUGCCACUGUACUUACGAAGAAGUUACUUGGCGAAUUGAACGACAAGCUAUGUGUACCAGACACGAAUGCAAGCAAAUUUAGAUCUACUAAUCCAGGGACUCAGGAUAUUUUUAUAAAACGUUUCCAUGCACCAGAUGAUUUUUGGAAAAACAAGAGUCAACCUCAGAGGAUAAUUUGGUUGAGGACCAAGUAGGCAUCAGAUAUUUUGUUUUUGACAGGAAGAAAUAUAUAUGGCAACAUUUGGACUUAAAAUAUUUAUGUCAAUGUAAGUGUUAUAUUUCCAAGUGAGUACUUUAAGAUAGACUCACAGAUUAUAUUAUUUCUACAGUCCCAUUAGAGUUUAAAAUUAAUGUUUUAUAUAGAUGAUACCAAUUAAAAUAAUAUAAAUGGUUGCCUGUAUUCUUGCAUAUCUGAUCAUGCAUAAAAUAAAUAAUAUUUGUUAUAUGAUAUAGACUAUUUUUAUGAAGCAACAAUAGGCAUAGAAAAGGUAAAUAAGAAAAUUACAU